AAAAAAGAAGCAAAUCUUUCCCGUGAAAGAUCCCACAGGGCCGCGGGGGAGCCAGCAGUUCUUACAAUGAACCCUAAACACCCUGGAUGGUAGUAGUAUUACUACUAUUUACCUAAUCAAACAGAGAAGCAUAGAGUCUGUAAAUUGUGAGUGAUAGCUCAGUAUAUAGAUAAGCUUCUGUUCUAGAGAGACGACAGGAAAGGAAAAGCCCAUCCUUCGGCCUUCUCUCCAACAAUUGCAAUUCAGAUAAAAACAAAACCCCAAGUUGAAAAAAAUUGGUGGGAAAAUUAAUCACAGCCGAUCAUCACCAAAAACCCAAAACUUUUUUCCUUUUGUUUUGAAGUCAAUGGAUUCUGUUCCUGGAAGGGGUGCUGCACCCAACCCAAAUAGCAUCAACGAGGGUCCGUCAUCAGCUACAGCAUCAGCUUCAGCACCGCCGGCCACGGUUUCACAACAAGGAGGAGCUGGUGAAUCGUCUUCUUCCCCAGCUCCACCGAGUCGGUACGAGUCACAAAAGCGUCGAGACUGGAACACUUUCUUGCAGUACUUGAAGAACCAUAAGCCCCCAUUAACACUAGGUCGAUGCAGUGGCGCACACGUAAUUGAGUUCUUGAAAUACCUCGACCAGUUUGGCAAAACUAAGGUUCACAUAACGGUUUGUCCUUAUUUCGGACAUCCAAAUCCACCUGCUCCUUGCUCUUGCCCACUCAAGCAAGCGUGGGGUAGCCUCGACGCGCUGAUCGGACGGCUGAGAGCUGCUUAUGAAGAAAACGGUGGACGUCCAGAAUCAAACCCUUUUGGCGCAAAGGCUGUGAGGAUUUAUUUGAGGGAAGUCAGAGAAGCUCAGGCUAAAGCUAGAGGGAUUCCUUAUGAGAAGAAGAAGCGAAAAAGGUCUACUGUCACAACUACGGCUGUGGGGAUCAAUGUCUCGGUGGCUGCCACUCAAGCUGUUGAUGGAGUUGGGGAUAGCGGCGUCGUUGGUGGCGGAGAUGAGAGUGGUGGUGGAACCGCGGCUAAUGUUAGUACUGCCACCGCUGCUGCUGUUACUGCUACCACUACUAGCGUAUAGUUUUUUUAACUGAUUUUAUUCUUUUUUGCUUCUAAUAGCUGUUUUAAAUGUGAUUAUGAGUUAUAUACAUCGGGCGGUUCUCUCUGAAAAUUGGAUCGAUAUCCCAUGAACCAAAUUUAGUUAGAAUUCUAGUUUUAAUCUCUUUCGACCAACGUCUCUCCUUUUUCUGUUUGAUAAGACUUUUUAUCUUUCUAGUUUCUUCAUUUCUUGUUAUGCAUGAACAUGAAUACUACCACAUAUAAAAACAUACAUAUACAAGUUGAAACAAAAAAAAC